AAUACAGCAACGCAUAGAAUACAAAGAAAAGGUCAAGCAAGUGCACGUGCACCCGUUGGCGUUGCCUGAUUGUUGAGACGUGGCUAAAGGCCAUUCUCCGUGGGACGAAGAAAAAGAAGACGACGUUUAGAACGCGUGUUACAUUGGAAUCAGCACUGGAGCAACAACAACAACAACAACAACACUGGGACUAGUUGUGCCAUGAUCAUGUCUAAAUCGAAGGGGCGGGAGACAAGGAAACCUAGAGCUAAAAAGGCAACCACGCCAAUGGCAGGAAUUGCGCCUUCAUUUAUACCUGGCCCAUACGGAGUAGUGGGAAGCUUGGAAGCGGAAUCUGCCUUGGCCAGUACUUCGUUUACAGAAAAGGAGUCGACGCCACGGGUACCAAGCUUUGCAGGAUACAUGUCAUCAACACCAAGCGAGAUAGAUGCUGGCAACAAGGACUUGCAAGGUACAGAAGAUGUGGAAGCAAACGCCGCCUUUGAAAGGGAUACGACCGCAGAAGGAAUGAAGGACUUGAGAUCUCGACGACGGAAAAUCACAGUUGUAAUGGUGACCUUUGCUAUUGGGGCCGUCGUGGCGACGUACCUCGCCAUCACCGGGUUGAUGUCAAAACCACCACGACCUAUUCGAGCAUGUUCGUCUGUUGACUGCAGCAAGGCCAUGUUGUACAUCACCGGAAUAGUGAACCAUACUGUGGAUCCAUGCGACAACUUCUACGAGUACGUAUGCAGUCGGUGGCUUUCUGCGGAGGGACGCCCUUCCUUUCUCGAGGAAGUUCGAACCAGCUUCGAUCGUCGUUCAAUCGAGGUUCUGCUACACGGCUACCAUAAAGACCAUGCCGUGCAGUUUGUGUCUCGCUUCUUCCGUUCCUGUCACGCAUUCUUCGGGAGCGUCAUCUCACUCGACGUUGUCCUUCGUCGCUUUUUUGAGACCAUAGCCGUUCCCAUGAUGAUGGAUGGACGAAAUUUCACCGCCAUUCUCAGUACCAUGUUCCGGCUCUCGUACCGUGCCAGAUACCACACAGUUCUGAAGGUGCGCCUGGAGACGAGCGACAACGAUACCACUAUGGUCCACAUCGGGAAAGGCGGAACCUUGCAAGAUCACUUCUUUGGAACGCAUGACCAAGCAGAGAUCCGUGCAUUCUUGUCCACCAUUAUCGGAACCAUAACCUCCACCACCAUCAAUGACAGCAUAGUUACCGAAACACUUGAACUCGAUGGCACGCUGAAUCAGGCACUCUCGAGUAGCAGCGACGGCGUAAGGUCGUAUAGCAUACAAGUAGGAGACAUGCAGCAAGAGUGCGCAAUCAUAUCGGCGCAAGAGUGGCUCAACAUGAUAAAAAGCAACGUUCCCCGAUGGCUUCCCUCGACAGUGAGAAGCUUUGUGCGAUUAACGAGCUUCAACCGAACAUGCACUGCCUUAUAUACACUACAUGGGGCACCUGACAAAGUUCGUGCCGUCUACGUAGCCACUCACUUAGCACUGAACCUCCUGAAGUACGCCUUCCAUCACGGCAGUCAAUUGCCGAAACCGGCUGAUACAUGUUUCCAACUUACGGCGGAGAUUUUCUCUCCUGUCUGGGGAAUGGUACUGGGAAGAAUUUUUUUGACAGCACAGGCCAGCCGACGAGUCGAUGCUUUAUUCUCGCAGUUGAUCGAGAAGUUGACGGGCGUAAUGAAUCGAAGUCUUUGGCUCUCUGUCGAUGACAGGAUCGCGGUCAACGGCAUGCUGAAGGAAGCCGUCCUCAAAAGUUUCAGCAAAGGACUGCAUGCAGACAUCAGCUGCACACGCAUCAAUUUUGCCGUGAAGCUCAUUGCCAGCGACUUUGUUGCGAACUUCGUUCGAGUGAGCUUGAAAGCGCCUGGCUCAUGCGACGACUUCGCAUUUCGCAAGGAAGAAUGGACCUACGAGGCCCUUCAAAAGGCAUCCACCAUAGCAUAUGUCAUGGAAUCUCGGGCUCUUGUUCUUCCAACGGCCUAUCUAGCUCCACCUACGUUCUAUCCAGAACUCUCCGAAGCGCUUGUGAAUACCGCACCGAUCGAAACCUUGUUAGCCACGGCACUGUUGAAGGAGGUUUUAUUUCGUGGGCCCAGCAUGGGAGACCUUCGGCCAGUCGGUGAAAAUUGGUGGAUGACAAGAACAACGACGAACUUCCUCCGACUGGAGAAGUGCUACUUGGAGCAAUUGAGUAUUUACUACGCGUAUGUUCGGAAUCCCGCUUGGAGUACGCAGUAUUACGGUAUUUUCACGUCGAUACUGACGCUACAAGCUGUGCACGAGAUUCAGGAAGCGGGCGCAAGGGCCGGACGGGAAAGGUAUGAGCUUCAACGUGCUUUCUUCAGCAGAUUCUGUCUACCGUACUGUCCCGGAAACUACGAUGCUGAUGCUCAGGAAAGUCGAAUGUACUCUUGCCUUCUACCGGUGAUGAACGAUGAACUGUUUCAUGAGACAUUCAACUGCAGUCGUAUGUCGCGUAUGACACCGAAAGAGAAAUGCGAAUUCUAGGAUAUUUCUCAAUUAUACAUUCUUAGCCUCAUAAGUAUAUCCAGAACUACUGCCUGCUGUGGGCCACAGGAGUGAUUGAUAAUUCGUUACGGCAGUAUAAAAUAAAUUUAUUUACAAACAUCAAUAUUUCAGCGGGAGGCACUUAAAAGGAAAGCUAAAAUGUAUCUGUACAACUGUACGCAAACAGAGCACACUCAAUGGUAAAACAUGUAAAGCGUUAGCAGCAGCUCAGGGAUGCACCUGCAAAGGCCUUUGGCUGUAAAAUAUAGCUUGUAAUGACAUGACUCAAAUCACUUCAGGGGCGUUUUGAGUUAGACAUCCCGCAGACUGUUGACGAUGCCAAUAAGGGAUUUCGCCGCGUCUGAUGGUCCUAGCGUUUCGGCCAGCAACUGGGCUUCCUGGAUGUAGUAGCCAAGCAUGACUUGUAUCCUGUCCAAGAUGUCCCCGGAGACGAUUUCGGAAUGCACCUGGCAGGAAGACGACAAAAUGCAGGUACACAUUCAGUGAACUGCACACUGCUCUAUAUCCAUGACACUGCGUCUUCGCUGCCAAUUUCGCUCGUUAUCUUCAUGUGCAGUUUCGCAGCAUUGUGUGUCCUAUAGACGAGAAACUCUCACAGUGCUUGCCAGU